AUCUCCUGAGUCAGGACAGUGACGUGCUGGUUCAAUUUUCACAUGAGUCAAACACUUCUUGGUAACUCUGACAGGGUGUGCAGCUCAGUAAUCCAUUAGGAGAAGAAACACCUCAAGCUGGAUUACUAAAUCAUGGACGCAACCACAGGAGAAGCUCCCCCACUAUCACUUACAGAUAUGCUCUGACAGUUUUGCCUCAACUCACUGCCUUCCAGGCCAGUGUGCAGUUUCAAUUUCAACUUGAUCUCCAAUCUGGAGUCAUGAUGGGGAGGAAGACGCUGGACUGGUUGAACAAGGUUUUCAUGUUGCUCCUGGAAAAAUAUUUUUAGAGAAAAAUGCUGUUGGACUAAAUUCUUCAAAUCAGAUUGAAAAUGUUUCCUCCUGGAUGGUCCAUCUGGUGCGUUUUACUGACUCUGCCUGUGUCAGCCUGUGGUGUGGAGAUUUCUGGAUACAGUGGCGAUGAGGUUAUUUGCUCACAGGGUCUUUCUGAAUGCACCAUGAAGAUGGGCUAUGAGACGGAUCUUACUGAGGCAGAUGAUGCCGUGGACGUCCUCAGCCUGACAGCAUUUCCCAAGCUCUGCUGUAAGGAUGGAGCGCCAUGUAAAAUAUGUCUGGUGUUAGACGUGGAGAUCAACAUCCGUCUGGACAUGGAGAAAGAUAUGGAGGAUGAGGGGCACUCUGGGCUCGAGGAGGAGGAGGAGGAUUACAGCGAGGAGACGAGGAAUCCAAGAGCGUCUUUGAAAAUGUGUCACUAUGCACCACUCACCAUGCCCACGUGCAAGAAGGUGGAGUUCACUGUGAAUCACACAGCUCUUACUCAACAAAACCAGUCCAAGCUGCUCAUGGUGAUUGCUGAGCCAGCCGGGGUUACCUUUGGCAGUCAUGUGACUAUUUAUCCUUCCAAACAAUCACAUCUUCGUCAGGAAGUUAGGGUUUUUCCUCUGGAUAAAGUGUGCAACCAGGUGCUGCAGGAGCGUGUGAAAGAGUGUCAUGUGCCCACACUUACGAGUGUCAUUAACCAAGAGAUGAAUCAGUUGGAACUGCAGUCUGCCAGCAGCAACAAGAGCCUGCUGCGUGUGUGCAUGCAGUAUGAGGGCAAUGGAAACUGUCAGGAGGUGACUGUGACGACGCCCAUCCCGCUGUACUCUGUGACCCCCUGCACGUGUUUCCAGGUAUGGGAGGAUGAUGGGUGGGAGAGACGCUCUAAAAGCUGCCCCUUCAGAAAAACAAAUUUCUUCCAAAGAAACUUGUGGCAGAAUGUGUCAGUGAUUGUGCGCCAUGGCCUCAUGAACGACCACGGCUCGAUGCUGUGGUGGAACUUGUCUGCCCCCUGCAGGCUGGACGGUGAAGUGUGGCCCUGUCACAGAGGGCACGGCUGCAGGGAGGUGGAGGGCUUCAGACAGCAGCUGAAGGGUGCGUGGAGACAGAACAGCAGAGGACAGUGGAAAAUAGAAGGAGUGUUUGAAGACAUCAACCUUCAGCUCUCAUCAUGUGUGAUGAUGAAACUACAGGGGCUGGAACACGGUCCAUUUUGUGUUCAGAACACUGUCAGGUGGCGCUGGAGUCUCCUGGCUAUUGGUGUCAUGCUGCUGGUCUGCCUGACUCUGCUCUUAAAAUGUGGCCUUCAGGACUAUGUGAAGAAAUGGGUGUGGAGCUUCCAUCACGGCAGAUUUGUCGAGAUUGGUGGAAAUCGUCUGGUGGUGUUGCUGAGCCCUCCGGAUGUGGAUGGUGGCGUUUCGGAGUCAGUGUGCCAGCUUGGCUCCAUGCUCUGUACCCGGGGCUUCCGCGUGUCUGUGGACCAGUGGAGCAUUAAGGAGCAGUGCACUCUGGGGCCUCUGCCAUGGCUGCACUCCCAGCUGCUGGAGCUGAACAGCCAGCGUGGCAGAGUCGUGCUCGUCGUGACCCGCAAAGCGCUGGAGAGAGCAGAGGAAUGGACUCACAGGCACAAAGAGGAUAUCAAGACAAAGGGCCAAGAGAACCGGGGUCUCCCUCUGACAGGGUCGCCUUACUCCGAUGUGUUCAUGGCCUCGCUGUGCCUUAUAGAAGCAGACAGGCUGCAGGGUCGCGCUGGAGAGCGUUUUCUACUGGCGACAUUUGACCCCCAUCCACGCAGCGACAGGAAUCUUCCCGAGCUGCUUCAGGGGCUGCGACUGUUCCAGCUUCCCUCUCAGACAGGAGCUCUGUUGACUGAGCUCACUGUGGGAGGGACAGGGAAAGGAUCAUGGAAGAGAUGGUGCCUCAGAUGGAUGGACAGCAGGGACUAUAGAAAAGGUAGGAGGGCAUCAUACUGCUGAGAAAAGCUGGAGACACAAGCAGUUGAGGCCCCUAUAGAUAUCAUGCUGAACGAUAUUGUUCACUGGUGAAGUCGGGGGUCGCGAUCACUGUGAAAAUGCUGCGGAAGUGCCCUCUUCGAUGCCACUAUGGUAGAAAGAACAUGAUAAAGGGUGCUCUACGCAUGGACAAGAUGUGGUAAAAUGCCCUCUCUCUUCUCUAAAUAUAUCAAGACUUUCUUGUGCACUGGUGCCCACCUCACGGGGCUCCGGCACCUCAACAUACUGAGUCCACCGCUGUUGUUGUUAUUUUCUGCAUAUGAAGGACAUGUUCAUCCAAAAUCGGGAUUAGGUGAGAACAAAGUGAAGUGAACUUCACUUCCCUGUUGGAAGUUUUCUGCAACAAACCAUUUGUUUUUUUGGUUUACAGGAGAUGGUUAGUAAUUCCCUUAAACAGCUGGGCUCUUGCAACAUAACUCAAGUAGGAGUGAGGAGUGUAUUUGUUGCUGGUAAAUGUCUCAGAAGGACAGGACUACAUUAUGAAGGAAAUGUCAGGAGAACAAUGCCAUUGUGCUUUUUAAUGUUGACAUCAAUGGUGGUCACGGGACAGGGUAAGUUAUAUCAGACUUUGAAGAGACAGGACUUUUUGUUGUUAUGAUUAAGUCAUUUUUGCUUUGUCAUAUCAGUGGGUAAGGUCUUUUGUUAAAGAAAUUACACAAUAUGACAAGUAUUAUCCACUCAAGCUGCACAAUGCUUUACACAGAACCGUGCAGACGGAUCAUAUCCAUGUGUUGUGAGUCUGUCAACACUUGUCUAUAAAUAAAUAUACUUAUUUUUGUGCAUG